ACAACAAGAUGAACGUGUACUACGUCAUGUCAUGGGGUUUCCCUGCCGUUAUGGUUACAAUCUCGCUAAGUGUUGCAUCAGGAAAAGAAGGAAUCCAGGGAUUUGUCAGUGAGGAAUACUGCUGGAUGUCUUCGGAUAACAAUCUGAUCUGGAUAUUUGUCGCAUUUGUGGUGAUGAUCGAAGCUGUUAACAUCUUGAUAUUCAUUCGAGUGAUCAAAGAAAUGACCACAAUGCAGUCAACAGGAGGAAACCACAUUCAGCAGAUACGACUUGGCAUCAAGGCAUGCGCAGUGUUGAUUCCUCUUCUAGGGAUCACGUGGUUGUUCGGUCUUCUAUCGCCUCUGCACAAGGCAUUUGUUUACAUUUUCACGAUACUUAACUCUGCGCAGGUUAGUUAG